UGGAGCCGCGACGCCUGAAGGAGUCCCCACCGCAGCGGUGCUCUUGGUCCACAUCAUCCGGCAACCACCAGCCCCUGCUCCAGAGACGUCCCUGCCGCCGACUCGGCGGCAGGGAUAGUGGCAAUCGCCCCUAGAGUCGAGCCUGGGGGACAUUUAUUGCUCCAGACUUGGUCCCUCCUAGCUUCCCAGACGGCUGGAGUCAUUCUUGGGGGAGCCCAUCAAGCAGCCGCACGGGCAUCUCAGCGGCCAGCCCGGCUGGGCACCGGGCAUCUGCGAAGGCAGCCCUGCCGGAUACUGGGCAUCUCUCGCAAGGACUGUCUUCGGCCGCCUCCCAGCUUGUCGCAAGUCCUGGGCGGUGGACUUCUGAGACCCUUUGGCCUCCCCAGGACCCAAGUGAGCUUCCCCGCGCUUCCAGCCCUUUGGGCCGCCGCGAUGCUGCCCUGGAGACGGAACAAAUUCGUGCUAGUGGAGGACGAGGCCAAGCGCAAGGCGAAGAGCUUGAACCCCGGGCUCGCCUACACGUCGCUGCUCUCCAGCUUUCUGCGCUCCUGCCCGGACCUGCUACCGGACUGGCCGCUGGAGCGUCUGGGCCGCGUGUUCCGCAGCCGGCGCCAGAAAGUGGAGCUUAACAAGGAGGACCCCACCUACACCGUGUGGUACCUGGGCAACGCCGUCACCCUGCACGCCAAGGGCGACGGCUGCACCGACGACGCUGUGGGCAGGAUCUGGGCGCGCUGCGGGCCGGGAGGGGGCACGAAGAUGAAACUGACCCUGGGUCCGCACGGCAUCCGCAUGCAGCCGAGCGAGCGCGGCUCCGGGGGUUCGGGGGGCCGCAGGCCGGCGCACGCCUACCUGCUGCCGCGCAUCACCUACUGCGCGGCGGAUGGGCGCCACCCGCGAGUCUUCACCUGGGUCUACCGCCACCAGGCGCGCCACAAGGCCGUGGUCCUGCGCUGCCACGCCGUGCUGCUGGCGCGGGCGCACAAGGCGCGCUCCCUGGCCCGCCUGCUCCACCAGACUGCGCUGGCGGCCUUCAGCGACUUCAAGCGGCUGCAGCGCCAGAGCGACGCGCGCCACGUGCGCCAGCAGCAUCUCCGCGCAGGGGGCGCCGCCGCCUCGGUACCCCGGGCUCCACUGCGCCGGCUGCUUAACGCCAAGUGCGCUUACCGGCCUCCGCCGGGCGAGCGCGGUCGCGGGGCUCCGCGGCUCAGCAGCAUCCAGGAGGAGGACGAGGAGGAGGAUGCGGAGGAGGAGGAGGACGCCCGGGAUAGCGAGGGAGGAGCCCUGCAGCGCGAACGGCCCGAGGUACUCAGCCUGGCCCGGGAGCUGAGGACGUGCAGCCUGCGGGGUGCCCCGGCACCUCCGCCCCCAGCACAGCCCCGCCGCUGGAAAGCCGGCUCCAGGGAGCGGGCGGGCCAGGCGCGCUGAGAGCGCAGGGCUAGGACUCGGGGCCCUAGACCCGGCCCAGCAGACUGACCUGGACUCCAACCCGGCCCUGCCCGCUUCCGCCCCCCCUGGUCCCUGGCCUGCCGCCCUCGCGGGCUCUCAAAUGGUCGCCUUGUUCCUCAUCCUAGCUCAGGGUGAAGUAGGAUACGCCCUUGAUUGUUGGGGGGUGGAGGGGAGUCCUUACGUCCCCACACUGGGAGUUUCCCUGGCCUACCACUGUGGAAUUGCCCCCACGCUUUAUACCAAGUCUCUGCCCACAGACGAACCAGCCUGCUCUCUUCCCAAAACGGCCUCUCAGGAGAAAGGGAACCCCUGCUAGGUGGGUUUGAACCCACAACCUGGUCUAGGUUAGGAGUAAUGGCUCUGCCCUUGGUCUCUUAUUCCCUAAGAUAAGAACCACCCUGGAGAGAUGUCAGAUAAGGACUCUGCUCAUCCCCUCUGCCGGCAGAGAACUGGUCUACCCUAGGUAGCCUGCAUCCUGAACCAAGAUGGAACCUCCAGAGGAGGUCCCAGACAAGCCAAGGCUUUCGGAGCAAGCAGGUCCCGACCACAGCUGUACUCAUACCAGGCUGAGGGAGGAAGAGGUACUAACUCGGAGAGGGGAGUGAGCCCUGCCCGGGUGUCUCCACAAGGCCAUCAAAACCCAAAGAUCUAUGUCAUCUACUGAUCAUUGUAAAUAAAGUGGAUCUGCUUUUUCAGGCCUGUCA